UAGACGUUGUUUUAGGUUUACUCUGUAGCUGGGAGUCAAUGUAACAUGCUCAUAGCAAAUUUUACUGUUCAAUGUUUUUAGAAUACGAGCCUAUAAGGCUUAUUUCAGCUUGGUAAUUGGGUUUGCGCACUUUCGUAUACUCUGUAGGCACAUUUCUUACGGGUACCGCAUAGCCUUUGUCAAGAAGUCUAAUAAUGAAAACACAACAAAGUCCCGCCUAGGCGAUCGGUCAGUCUUCUCUCGCGGCACCAUUUACCAACGCGUUUGUAAUUCGAGGCCGUUUCGGUUCACGUCUACUCCGAAAAAGAUGCCGCAGACCUAUGGAAAUGGAAUUAUGUGUGGGGCUUUUGGGAUUGCAUUUGCCGGCUAUUUUGCGAUAUGUAGUUUCGCGCUUAUAACUCCUGCAGAGUGGCAAAAUGUCACCGAAGCUAACGAACCACAAAGGAAUGUUACCUUCGCCACCGCCGAUAAUUUUAUCGCUGCUAAUACGCAGCACGAUGAACCGGCAUCCGCUGAUGUCAGAAACCUCCAGCAAGGCGCACUGACUUCCGGGGAUUCGGGCAACGGAACAUUGCCCACCAAUGCAUCGUGCCCACCUAUGGUAUCCCGUGCCGAAUGGAACGCCCGUGAUCCGAUCUAUAAUAACCAAACCGAGGUCAAAAUAUUUUUACAAUUCCCGUUGCGUUACAUGGUGUACACACAAACUGUAACUGGCACCACGGUGCACGGAACGUGCACCGAUCGAGAAUCCUGCAAAAAGACCGUCAGGGCCAUACAGGACGAUCAUAUGGGCUUCACGCCGGCAUCCACUACGAAAUUUGCCGAUAUCGGCUAUCACUUUCUAAUUGCAAUGGACGGAUCGGUUUUUGAAGGCAGGGGAUGGCUGGUUAAAGGCUCUUAUUACAAACCGUUAAACACGCAAGGAUUUGGGGUCGCCUUUAUUGGGACAUUUCCUGAGGCUGGAACAAGUGUCGCACCUCUGACUUAUGAAGCUGUUCUCUCAGCACACCGGCUGCUACGGUGUGCCCUUUCCGAAGAUUACCUCGUCUCGGUAAACUACUCGGUGAUGGCAUUGCAUUUAAGCCCGAUAGUCAGUCAAUACAUUGACAAUCCCGACACGUUCCCGCGCGAUUCUCCGUUACUAACACCAGCCAUGAUUGUUGUGGUAUCCAUUGGCUGUACUGUCGCUUUAGUUUUUAUUAUCGUUUUCGGCAUCUCGAGUUGGAGAAAGUCGCGGGCAUCGAUUGAACAGGAACCGCUGAUGCCAGAAGCCCAGCUUUAUACGAACUACCAGUCGGCAAAUCAAGGAGCGUUUCUUCCGCAAGCUGACGCUUAUAAAAUAUUGGGCAGCGACUGUCGAUACCAGUAUUUACCGAACGAGGUUAUAGGAAGCGGAUCGGCAGGGACGGUGUACAAGGCACGGAUCACAGAUCGUGGGACAUAUACCGGCGACGGGGAAUUGGCAGUCAAAGUUAUACACAUGAAAAACACGGAUGAACGGGAAACAGAAGCCGAACAACUUAGAAAAUUCAGUGACAAAUGGAAGAAAUUGAUUAGCCUGAACUGUACGCAUCUGGUGGCAUGCCAUAAAAUUUCCAUUUAUCAAACGGAAACCGGAUUUUCUGUGGAGAUCCUGAUGGAUUAUUGCAAUGGUCGUGAUUUGGAGCAGCUGCUAUCCAGAAUCAAAACCGAUCGUGCGCUGUUGGAUCGAGGAACCGCCUUGUGUUACGCACUGCAGAUUGUCAAUGGGGUGGAAUUCUUACAUGAACGACAGCUGAUGCACGGCGACUUAAAACCUGGCAAUGUUUUUGUCAAGUACAGUAAGCUUCGGCAUUUUACUCUAGUCCUUGGCGAUUUGGAUUGCCUUGUGCACAUGCCGCAUAAUACUAUUACCGCCACCCAAGGGACCAAUAUUUUGGGUACCGCAAAAUACAUGUCACCUGAGCGCGUGCGCCGAAACUGUCAUGGAGAGCUUCAGGUUCCUAGCAAGAAAGCUGACAUAUGGAGUGUCGGAUGUAUUAUGCUGGAUUUAUUUGAUUACUCCUCUGGAAUUUAUACGCGAAAAUUUCAAAAAGCCGGCUCUCCGCCUGAAGAGCCCGAUACAAUUCUUGUAGAGAAUAUGGAAGCCCAAGUCCUCAUUAUGAGAAUCAUGAACGGUUAUGUUCCGUUCGUUAGCGACAGGUUGGACCCGCGGUUAUCUAACAUCAUCAGCCAGUGUUUAAUUGUGGACAGCACCAAGAGGCCUUCCGCGGGGGAAAUACACUGCAACCUCGUUUCGUUGUUGGUCCACAUAGCAACACAUCAAGAUAGAACUUUUAUCAGCCAGAUGGAGGUUACACGGCAGUGCGUUUGCGGAAGCCACUUGGCAGAAAAUAGCUUUAAUAUUAACUCUUAAUUCGAUGGUCGUUUGGGACGUUGCAAAUCUUUAAUAAGUAGGCAAGCUUUGAAAGGGAAUUCCGAACAAUAGUUGCUGGGCGAGUGUAGACAACUUUUAAACAAUAAAAAACUGGUACUCGCAAAUAAUGACGUUGAUUCGGUUUCCGUCUAUUGUUUUUGCCGAAAAUUGUGGAUUUCGCGGAAUACCAGGCAUUUGCCUGAAUUUCAUGCUCUACCGCCAACGAAACUUACCGUGCGCUUUAAAACAGUCUCUGCGAAUAAAAUGU